UCGAGAUUUCGGCUUUCGAUAUAUCGAACAUUGAUCAUCGUUCAACAUUCUCGAUUGUAAGCAAUAUCAGAGCUGUUGUGAACAAUGGCGACGUUUCGACUAAAGUGACAUCCUGCUGGGCAAAUGUGUUUUUACACUUUAACGAUAACAUUCUUUUCUAGAUAUUAGUUACGCUCUUUAGGUAUUAGCGUUAAAGAUACUGCGGUUCACGAUGGCAUUAAACGCUAAUGCACUGUCCAGUGACAUCAGUCGUAGAAAUCCGCAGGACGAGUAUGAGCUCAUUCAACGAAUAGGCAGUGGAACUUAUGGAGAUGUUUACAAGGCUAAAAGAUUAUCGAUGAACGAUCUUGCCGCCAUCAAGGUUAUCAAAUUAGAGCCAGGUGAUGAUUUUGCUAUUAUACAGCAAGAAAUCUUGAUGAUGAAAGAUUGUAGACAUCCAAAUAUCAUAGCAUAUUAUGGCAGCUACUUGAGAAGGGACAAAUUAUGGAUAUGUAUGGAAUAUUGUGGGGGUGGAUCGUUACAAGAUAUUUAUCACAUAACUGGACCAUUAUCAGAGAUACAGAUAGCAUAUAUGUGCAGAGAGACUCUUAUGGGAUUAGCUUAUUUACAUAGUAUGGGAAAAAUGCAUCGUGAUAUAAAGGGUGCCAAUAUAUUGUUAACUGAGGCAGGGGAUGUAAAAUUAGCUGAUUUUGGAGUGUCUGCUCAAAUUACUGCAACAAUAAAUAAAAGGAAAAGUUUUAUUGGCACUCCUUAUUGGAUGGCACCUGAGGUUGCAGCAGUAGAAAGAAAGGGUGGGUACAAUCAAUUAUGCGAUAUUUGGGCUUGUGGUAUAACGGCGAUAGAAUUAGCAGAAUUGCAACCUCCCAUGUUUGAUUUACAUCCAAUGAGAGCUUUAUUCUUGAUGUCAAAAUCUGGUUUUAAACCUCCAACAUUAAAAGACCGUGACAAAUGGAGUCCUACAUUUCAUAAUUUUGUCAAAGUUGCUUUAACUAAAAAUCCUAAGAAGAGGCCAACAGCAGAAAAAUUACUGCAGCAUGCAUUUUUUCAAGGAGAAAUGAAUAAACGAUUGGCUUUGGAAUUACUGCAGAAGGUGUCAAAUCCUAGUCAUAUGUUUACUGAUUUAGAAGCUGAUGAAGAUGGAGCAGUACCUAAUGUACCACAAAGAAUUGCUUCAAGGCAUACAGCAAGACCUAGGCCAAAAAGCCCCAUAUCACAAUUAGAUAGUGAUGAUUUAAUCAACCUUGAUGGCAGUACAUUACAAAGAGAUUCUAUAACUCCUUCAGUAGAUACUAAUCCAGCAUGGGAUAUUAUGGAUAUUAUGAAUAAUGUGAAGGCUGUACACAAUUGUGAUGUUCAUCCUGAUUGUGGAAUUGGCACUGCAUUUGAAGAUGUACAAGAAAAUACACUUGGCGCAAAUGUUACUGAUGGUAACAGACGAUCACGCCGAAGCAAAACUGGCACAGAGAUAUUUCAUAUGAGUUUAAGGAGUCUAUUGCAGUACAUUGAUGAGGAGUUGUUGCUAAGGGGAAAUGCAAUGUCGAUGGUUGGUGGGCAUUGCGAUCAGCUAUACUCCCUGCAAGCGACACUUCCACUUGGAGAAUCUUCAAAUGAAUGCGAGGUGCAUUGUGGAUAUUACAAUAAUGUAUCUGGGUCUCAAGCAAGUCCUAGACGUCACAGUUCUGUAGAUGAGUUAUAUGGCCUGGUAAACAGUUCCCACUCCUUAACAGCUGUGAAUGGACAACGUCAAAGGUCUCUUUCAGAUAGUGGUCCUAGAGAUGAAUCUCUACAAUCUAAUGGAGAUAACGAAAUAUCAGGAGAUGGGGAAAGAGAAAGUAUUAGUCCGGAUCUCCUAUCAGAUACACCACCUGUACCACCAAGAAGAAGGGACAGAAAAAGGCAUACACCUCCAAGACCUAUAAGUAAUGGAUUGCCACCAACUCCAAAAGUUCAUAUGGGAGCAUGUUUUUCAAAGGUAUUUAAUGGUUGCCCUUUGAGAAUACAUUGUACAGCUAGUUGGAUACAUCCUGAUACAAGAGAUCAACACUUGCUUAUUGCUGCAGAGGAAGGAAUUUACAAUUUAAACUUAAAUGAACUUCAUGAAACUGCAAUAGAUCAACUAUAUCCUAGACGUACAAUUUGGAUGUAUGUUAUCAAGGAUGUUCUUAUGUCCUUGUCUGGAAAAACGCCUCAAUUAUAUAGACAUGAUUUAUUAGCAAUGCAGAGCAAACAGACUCAUAGGUUCUCAUUGCAUAUGAACAAAAUACCCGAGAGAUUAGUACCUAGAAAAUUUGCACUUACUACAAAAGUACCAGAUACUAAAGGUUGCACUAAGUGUUGCGUCGGAAGGAAUCCGUAUAAUGGAUAUAAGUACCUUUGUGGGGCAAUGCCAGCAGGAAUAUUUUUAAUGCAGUGGUAUGAUCCUCUAAACAAAUUUAUGCUUUUAAAGCAUUUUGAUUGUGCUCUCCCAUCACCUUUAAAUGUAUUUGAAAUGAUUAUUACACCCGAAAUGGAAUAUCCGAUGGUGUGUGUAUCAGUCAAGCAACCAUAUCAACAAAAUAAAUUAAAAUUGGAUUUAAUUAAUAUGAAUUCUGGAGCAAGUUGGUUCCAUAGUGACGAGUUAGAGGAUAUGGAUGGUUCAGCAACUGUGAUACCAAGAAGAGAAAAUCUUCAUGUCAUUAAUGUGACACAACUUGAAAAGGAUGCAAUACUUGUGUGUUAUGAAAAUGUAGUUAAGGUGGUUACAUUACAAGGAAAACUCAGGGUAAGCAAGAAGCAGAUGUCGGAACUGCAUUUCAAUUUUCAGAUAGAAUCAAUUAUUUGUCUACCGGAUAGUGUAUUGGCAUUCCAUAAACAUGGUAUGCAAGGUAGAAGUUUUAAGAAUGGUGAAGUUACACAGGAAAUCAGUGAUCCAAGUAGAACAUAUAGGUUACUUGGUUCGGAUAAGGUUGUAAUGUUGGAAAGUCAUUUGGUACACUCAGGCACAUUGACAGAGACUGAAGGAGCAGAUUUAUAUAUACUUGCUGGGCAUGAAGCCAGUUAUUGAGCAUCCUCUCUUUCAUCUUAUUAUGUAAAUAAACAAGCCUCUCAUGCCGCAAGUGAAUUGUGAUUCACUGUUGAUUACAUACGAAUGCAAUGAUUUUACUGAAAAGAAUGUUGGAAAUUGCAUGUAACUUAACAGAAUUUGUAUUUAUUUAUUUAGAGUAAGUAUAAAUAUAGCGAUGAAAAACAAGUGUUAGCUUAUAUUUUUCAAAAGAGAAUGAUACUUUUCUUCUAAGAUUAUGAGAAUUAUAUGCAAUGUCUACUUACAAGCAAGCUUGCCAUAUUAUACAUAAUAUUCUUUAACGUCUGUAAAUUUCGUCUACUACUUAUUCGAUGUAGUUACAAUAGCACGUAUAUAUAUUACAUAAUUUAACUAAUUAUAGAGAAAAGAAAAUACAACGAUUUAGAUACGAAAUAUUAAGCGAAUAAAUGGUAUAGUUCAUCAAUUCUAAAAAAAGUAACACAGCAUAUAUAUGUAUAUUUUUCUGGCAGGAACUAUAUAAUGUUAUUUUCAAUAACACAAUAAUUAUAUAACGUUAAAGUAACAUUGAAAUAACCAUUAGUACAAACCUCUUUUAUUAAAGUUUUAUUAUUAUAAAUCAAAUAAUAUAGAAUGUAUACUCCCCAGUAUAAGUUUUGGCUUGAUAGGCAUAGGGCUAUUUUGAAAAUGUCAAAUUUUAUUAAGACAUUGGCAAAGAUCAAUGUCUCUAAUUUUUAAUAAUGAAAUAAUAAUGAUGCACAGUUCGUAUAAAAAUUGCUGUUGAUGAAAGUAAUCUGGAAUUAUUUUAUCUUCAAAGAAUAUAUGUUCAGAUUAAUCCAGUUUAUAUAUUUAAGUUUAAGAGAAAUAUUCUGUUGAUAAUUAUGCAGGAUAUAUUAUCAACGGUUAUAAUUAAUAUUUGCGAAUAGCCUUAAACGCAAUCUGGUUUCAAAAAAAUGGAAAUGAAAUCAGUAUUGUUUAAUAUUAUUUAAUGAUGAAUAAAUGUUAGCCCAAAAUUACAUUAUAAUCAAGAAUUUAUGAACAUGAUGUAUCUGUUUGAUCAUGGAUAUAAUUUUAUGUUCAUAAUUAUUAUAAUGUGAUACAAAGUAUCAUGCUUGAAAAUAUUUAGGAAAAAAAAAAAAAAUGAAAUUUCUUGUGAUUGGCUUAAAGACUGGGAGAAAUGAAGUUUUUCGUUUGUGGUAUAUUGUAUAGAGAGGAGAGACUGUGUCUCAUAAGGAGGAAGAGUGCUGGAUUGAGUAGAUCAUAAAAAGUAAAACAACUUACUUAUCAUUAAGCUGUCGCACGAGUCAAGAUUUUUUUUUCUAAUCGAUUCAAGUUGAUUUCUUUUUACCAACCGCGAAUUUAUAUUUAGUCAACACAUAAUACACAUUUUUAGAAUUUUUAGAGCCUGAGUCUAGUCUAUUAUCGAUUUAAUCUAACUAAUAUACAUAAAACAUGAUAUUACAUUAUAGAUUGUAGUUUAGAAAUUGUCUUAUCCUUUUUUGCUUACUAAACUACACUUGUGUCCUCAUAAAAAAAAGACAAAAAAGAUAUAUAAGUAUAGGAAGCCGUGUGAAAAAAAAAGCAUGCAUCAACGAAACUUAAUUUUUAGACUAAUGAAUCUAGAUCACAGUUUAGAGACAGCUGAAUUGACUAGACUAUGGUUUCCACAAAACGAAUAAGAGUGAUCAGCAUUUUUAAGGCAACUAGCACAAAGUGAAUAUAAAAACUUAACGUAUAUAAUUAUUACAAUUAAGCUAAUUAUGUCAUCAAUUUUUUAAUUAUCACGAGUCAUUGAUCUUUUUUUUUUUUUUUUUUUUUACACACAUUAACUCUCUAUAAUGCUAUGUAAUUUUGAAGCUACGUAUACAUAUCUCUUUUGUUUUGAACAAAAUAUUUACUAAGUGUAGGUUAUACUUAGUAUAUGUAAUAUAGUUAUACCAUAAGUUUCACAUUAUAUAAACAUUUUCUAUGGACACAAAGCAAAGAAGAAAGAAAGAAAGAAAGAAAAUUAGGUUAUAGAGGGUUAACUGUAUCAGGUAGCUGCAAUUAGUAAAUUUGUUCCAAUCAUUAUUUUGCUUGAGCAUGAUAUUGUUAAUUCAUUAACUGGCAUAAUUCCAAGUCGAUAUAAUAUUGCGUCUUAUUUACGUAACCAUCUCUUGUUUUUUUUUUUUUUUUUUUUUUUACCGUACAUUGCUGGCAAGUAAGAGAUUAGUAGAAGAUAACGCACGUUCGUAAAUACAUUUAUACACGUAUUAUUAUCGUACUAACGUCGAUUUGUCGCGUAUUAUUUAUUUGUACACGUUAUAAAAAAUCGAAGAUAAGAUAGAACAAACGUGGAGAAUUUUUUAAGAUCGGAUAUAAUCGAUCUUUCGUCAUGAAGUCUAGCACUUUUCCACCUCUCCUUUUUCUCUAUUUUCCAAUUUAUAUAUGGUGUAUGCAUUAAUAUUUACUAGCUAUAAUAGAAUCAGGCAUACGCAAUAAUGAAUUAAAAAUAAAGGAAGAAAAAAAAAA